AGUUUUUUUUAAUGAUGCUGUGGCGAAUAGAAAAUAAAACAGAUAUCGUGCAACAACAACAACAACCACGGUUCUUCAUCAACACUUUCUAAUUGGUUCUUUUUGUCGGUUUGGUUCUUAGGAAUGGAGACGACCAGUAGCAGUAGAACGGGGCCGAGUAGAAAAAGGGCCCUACCUGUUCUCCCACCGAGGAUUCCCACCCCUAUGCCGCCUCCGAACAAUAACAACCUUACAAAAUCGUCUAGUGGUGGUAAAGCGGAAUCGUCGAAAGCUUUUCCUUCGUCUAUUGCUGUACUAGAUGGACACCAAUUGGUUGCUAAAGCAUCGUAUAAACUCGAUAAUGAUGUCAAAACUACUUGGAUUAAUCCAAGAUUGAUUUCUAAGAUCGACAUGCAAAUGGUGAGGUCUUCAGAAUACGUCUUACCAUCUGAAAGAAAUAUGAAUCAAGUCUUUCAGGCAGCAUAUCAUCAUCACCACCACCAGCAACAGCAGCAGCAGGAAAGCCGAAGAGGCACGGAGUGGGAGUCAUCAGGAGCAGCGGGUGGUGGGCGCCAUUCGAAGCACGGAAGGCCCUCAGUGUCAGCCCUAACCUCGCCUGCUUCGGACGCCUGCAGGAACUCGGGCAGAGAAAGCAGGAGCGAACGUAGAAAAACAAGCGGCUCCGCUCACCACGUGCUCGUUGCCGCGACGGCGCCGGAAGAAACAAACAAACUUCACGCGUUCCUCCAACAACAAGUGGCAAUCAUGGAUGCGAAAGAUGUUAAAACAACGGUGGUAUCUAGAGGUGCUUCCGGCAUUCCAAUUAAAACCAAGAACCAUCAAGACCAGAAGAAAGAUAGACACGGGACCAAAAAUUCAAAUAUUAAUGGUAAAACGGCUGGAUUCCAACAACGCUCUUCCUCUCACCAUCAUAGUUAUCAAACCGCCGAAGGCUGUUAUGUUACCGGUGCAGGGUUGAUACAAGAACCUGUAGGUGUUAGUGGAAGUGUUUUCGGUGUUUACUCUGAAACGAAGUAUAUGUUUACUGUUAAUGGGUUACCUGGGAGUACAGCACAAGCUUCUGCAGCGGCUGCUUUUUUUGCAAGGGCUGCUCAAAAACUAAAUCUUUCCUCAUCACCCCAUCGAAGAAAAAGGCUGAAUUCCGAUGACAGUGAGCCUAAUGGUUUCUGCGGGGUCCUGCAGAGGACUCCACCUCCUGUACCUCCAGCGUUACUCCGCAGGAUCGGGGUUAAAGAGAUUACAGGAGUAGGAAAGGUAGGAUUUUCCGUAUUCCUUUUUAUACUUUUCUUUUUAGAGCCAUAAAUUUUCUCGGUGGGA